AUGCACGGCAAAUGUACACAUCUGGAAGAAUGGCCUCUUAAGGUGGAUGGCAACUUGAAUGACUGGUUCACAUAUGUCUUUGGAGAUUCAAGUACUAGCCCGGCGAUGCAGACUGCUACGGAAACGACUGGUGGUAAUGUUGCUAUUUCGUUCGAGCCAUCGACAGACCAGCCUACACCAACCACGGAACCAAGUUCGACAGAUGCUGGUACUUCAGCAAAACCGAGUAGCAAUGCUGCAAAUACCUCAACUUCAGCAGCAAAUAGCUCUCCACCGCAACAAUCAUCGCAGUCAGGCGACGGACCUCCAGCUGCUAUCCCCGCAAAUCCGACAGAGACUACCGUAUCGACAGACCAAGGCCAACCUACGACUGCACCUGCAUCAGCGUCAAAUAACGAUCAACCAGGCCAAAGUUCUGGACAGGCAAAUACAGAUACCGCCCACGCACAUGCCCAACCCACGACCACUUUCGGCCCCAACAACUCAACUACCGGUCCUGCAGACCCGCCAGCAUUCGGUACGGCCACCAUCGCCGGAACAGCAGCUGGCGGCACAGUCGGCCUCGCCCUCAUCGCCGGUCUGAUCUACUUCCUCAUGCGCCGCCGCGAACGCAAAGUCUUCAAGCCCUCUCCAGCAAACAUGUGGGAUCCGACACACAACACCGACCGCAAGCCCACUCUCCCCGUCCUCCAAGACGACACAAAUUACAAUCGAUACAGCGAAGCCACGCAGCCCCAGAUGAACAAAGCCGAACUCUACAGUAACGCUCUACUGCCUCCCCCACAGCAAACACCCAUCCAUAACGCAUUCAAGACCCCAGACCCAGGAUACCCUCACGAUGGAGGAGCUGCAGGAGCUAACCGUUACUAUCAACCACCCCCUCAGAACCAGCACCACGGAAACUUCGACACCAGAUUCCCCGAACUACCCGCUCAUCCCACCCAUCAACCCAUGUCAUCGCCUACAUCCCCCGUCUCAAGCUUGUCAACACCACACAUCUGGACCGCCGCAAACACCCCGACUUUUCGCCUCAGCAACCCGGAUGCGCGCAGUGACGGCGUGAGGAGUCCUGUCAGCGAGUUGGGUGCAAAUGAGGUGUUGCAGUCUACAAGGUCAGCGGAGUUGAGUGGAGAGGAGAUUCGUGCUGGUAAUAGUGCGACGACGCCUGUGGAGUUGCAUGAGGAGAGUUUGAAGCCGGAGAGGGUUGGGCUGAGGAAGAGUGGGGGUGGUGGGGGGUCUGGGGCUGUGGAGAUGGAGGGAGAGGGUAUGAGGAAUGGGAAUGGGGGAAGUAAGGCGGGGGUUUCUACGAACUUCUAA